AUUUCCACGGCCUGCUGAGUAGUUUCCAGCCGGUACCCGGAGCCGCACGUGUGGAGUGGAGUAAAGACCCGGCGGUGAGCUGAUUCUCAGAGGCGUUUGGGAGGUACCGUGUCACCUUCCGUCCGACUAGGAGAGUGCUGUCGUCCCUGUUUGGCGUGAGCGCCGCGCGGCUGCAAGCAUGCCUCACAGGAAGAAAAAGCCCUUUAUAGAGAAGAAGAAAGCUGUAUCGUUUCACCUGGUCCACCGGAGCCAAAGAGAUCCUUUAGUGGCAGACGAGACUGCACCCCAGAGGGUUCUGUUGCCUACACAGAAGAUAAAAGAUGAAGAGAGGCGAGCGGAGCAGAGGAAGUAUGGAGUGUUCUUUGACGACGACUAUGACUACCUGCAGCACCUGAAGGAACCCUCUGGGCCCUCGGAGCUGAUUCCCACAAGUACCUUCGGUGCACCUUACAGGGGAGAUGGGCGAGAAGAGCCUUUAGUAACUUCAACCAGUGGAAUUAAGUUGCCUUCCUCAGUGUUUGCAUCAGAAUUUGAGGAAGAUGUUGGAUUGUUAAAUAAAGCAGCUCCUGUUUCAGGACCUCGGUUAGAUUUUGAUCCUGACAUUGUUGCAGCUCUUGAUGAUGAUUUUGAUUUUGAUAAUCCGGAUAAUUUACUUGAAGAUGAUUUCAUUCUUCAGGCCAAUAAGCCAACAGAAGAGGAAGAGGGAAUGGAGAUACAGAAAUCUGAGGCUGAAGAUGACAGUGAGUGGGAAGAUGUGGAUGAUGAGAAGGAAGGAGGUAGUAAUGACGAUAGAUAUGACCCUGCAGGCUCGUCAGAUGAGGAUAUGUCUACCCCUGGAAAACCUCUUGGGGCUGUAGAAAAUCACUUCUUCUGGGAAGAGGAAACAAAAAGUCGCUUUACUGAGUAUUCCUUGACGUCCUCAGUCAUGAGGAGGAAUGAACAGCUGACACUACAUGAUGAGAGGUUUGAAAAGUUUUAUGAGCAAUAUGAUGAUGAUGAAAUUGGAGCUCUGGAUAAUGCUGAAUUGGAAGGUUCCAUUCAAGUAGACAGCAAUCGCUUAGAGGAAGUUUUGAAUGACUACUAUAAAGAGAAGGCAGAGAAUUGUGUAAAACUGAAUACUCUUGAACCCUUCGAGGAUCAGGACCUGCCAGUGAAUGAGCUGGAUGGGUCUGAGGAGGAAGAGAUUGUUACUGUAGUUCUUGAAGAAGCCAAAGAGAAGUGGGAUUGUGAAUCUAUUUGUAGUACAUACUCAAAUUUAUAUAACCAUCCACAGCUUAUCAAAUAUCAACCAAAGCCCAAACAAAUCCGACUAUCUUCUAAAACAGGAAUACCUCUCAAUGUCUUACCUAAGAAAGGACUCACAGCAAAGCAAGUUGAACGAAUGCAGAUGAUUAAUAACAGUGAUCUCCCUAAAAUAUCAACCCAGCCACGUUCUAAAAGUGAAAGCAAAGAAGAUAAAAGAGCACGAAAGCAAGCUAUCAAAGAAGAGCGCAAGGAACGGAGAGUGGAGAAGAAAGCUAACAAAUUAGCCUUCAAACUGGAGAAAAGAAGGCAGGAAAAAGAGCUGCUGAACUUGAAGAAGAAUGUUGAGGGUCUAAAGCUGUGAUAGUGGAACAUUUAAGAUAAGGUGCUUUCCCUAUUAGGGACUUCUCGUUACGUUAAAAAAUGAACAAGGAUCUUCAAAGAGAGAAAACUGUUCAGUCUGCCAUUUUUAUUGGCAGGUAUUUAAAAAAAAAAAACAGUACAGUAUUUGUAUUUAUAUCAUCAAGUUUUCUCUGCCAGAUGUCUUGUAAAUAUUGUAAUAUUUUAGAAUUUAAUAUUAUGGGCUUAAAUUUGCUUAAAUAAAUGACAAUGGACAUGAAAUGUUUGGAUAAAUUAAAGGAAAAAUGCCUUCAUAACUUAAA